AUGUUUGGUACUAAACGAACACCUCCGAUGACUCCCACACUUCGAACUGAGCAAUCUGUCUCUGAGCCGGAACUGGCUAAAAUUACAUCGGAACUAGACAUGAAUAUAACGACUCGAAAAAGAAAACAACCAGAAUGUGACUGCACUACACAGCUCUCCAUCAUUCAUGCUGAUAUAAAGGAAUCAUUAAGUGAAUGGAACAAUGGAUUGAAUGCCAAAUUAUCCACAAUCACAGAUGAUAUAAAAACUAUACGAAAUGACAUGGAGACAUACAUUAUGGCAAUAAAAAAGGAGAUGGAUUCUCUACGCACGGACAAUAUAUCUAUAAAAAAAGAGGUGAUUAAGCUGACUGAGGAGGUCGCAGAGAUAAAAAAAUCGGCAACUUACAUCUCGAAUGAGUACGAUGACAAUCAAAAACGACUUAACACAUUAGAAGAGAGCAUUUUGUCAAAGGAUGUUCAUCAAGGAAUACUAAAAACACUUGAAGCUAAAAUUGACAACCUUGAGCAACAAGCCAGACAAUGCAACUUGGAAAUUAGUAAUGUUCCUGAACGACGUGAUGAAAACUUAUUCAACUUGAUUGAAGACAUUGGCAAGAAAAUCAAUACCGCAACACCACGAGAUGAAAUUGUUACUGUUCAUCGUGUGCCACAUGCCGCAGCUAGUGAAAGACCUAAAAAUAUCGUGGCUAAGUUCAAAACUCGCGCCCUAAGGGACAACGUUCUCAGCGCCUUCCGGUUGAAGAGAGGUGUCACGUCCACAGACCUUGGCAUUCUUGGUGCACCCCGCACUGUCUACGUGAAUGAACACCUUACUCUCCAAAAGAAACAACUACUGCGUGAGACUCGUGACGCUGCUAGGAAAUGGAAUUACAAAUUUGUUUGGGUAGAAUAUGCCAGCAUGAUUUGGGAUCCCUUCUAUGCAAAGUACGACCAUGCAAUUGAAAGAGUGCAGCAACUGUUAUAA